AUGAAAUUCACCUACGCGAUUACAGCGUUCGCUACUACUGCAACAGCUCAGCGCUGGCCACCAGCAGCUACUCCCGUAGCGUCGCCACUUGCAACCACUACUCCAAACCCUACCUCUAAUUUGGCCAACCCAUGUGAUUACUUAAUCUUUUACGAUGGCACUGAUGAUGCAUAUGGCUCUGGUGGAGGAUGGUGGGUAAGUGUCAUCUCUCCCCUUUUACGAGCUCUUCCUAACCUGGACUUCCUAGUGUGAAAGAGGGCCUCCUGACUGGGAAUGUCCGAAUUGGAUAUGGAAAGUUGACUUCCCCUAUUAUGUCGUAAGCAUUAUCCAAGACAAGACUCUGGUUCUGGAAAAUUAUAAUGCUAAUCUUUUUCUAGUGUAUAA